CUCCUCAUCGGCUCUCUACCACAACAAUUACUCACUUUGCUAAACAAAACGUCAAUAGCAAUCGCACCACCAUGGAGCACUUCGCGCCCCAUCUAAGUGCCGAUUUUGAGGGUUUUUACUCCAAGUUCGACCUCGCUAGCGGCUCUCACAUCGCUCUAAUCAUCUGUUCUGUGCCAAAUGCCUCAAGUCGGCCACAUAUGGUAUCAUUUACAUAUUAUCCCAAAAAUGGCAAGAACAUCUUCCAACGGGAACACUUCAUCGACAACAUUGAGCGCGUAAUGACAGACCCGGACACGAAAGCAUUUGAACUACGAGUACCAGGCAUGGGAUACAUGCGCAGCAAGGGCGAUGGCACGACCUCCUACAGUUUGAAAGCUGAGGACUGGAGUCUCGAAGCGGAGAGCGACACGUUCACUGCAUGGAGACAGGACAAGAACACGCCCGAAGGAUGGAUCAUCAAUCUACCGCUGCCUCUACACUGGCAUGUUCACUCCCUCUGCUCGCCCUGCAAGUUCAAUCUCAGUAUCCCACCUCUCGGCGAGGACCAUCCAAUCGCAGACCGCCAGGGCCGAGCAAACAUCCAUCAGGAGAAGAACUGGGCAAACAGCUUCCCUGCAGCGCAUAUGUGGGUCCAAGCUUGGGACGCCGACGCUCAAAAAGGAGUAUGUCUUGCCGGUGGCCAGAUCUUGGGCAUGACAGCCUACAUGCUAGGCUACCGUUCUGAAACCCUGAACCUGGACUUUGUGCCUCCAUUCUCGGUGUCAUACUUCAGCGUCUUUGCACCAUUCAUGAGCGUCAGCAACGAUUGGGAGAGUCGGACCUUCAAGAUGUCUGUGUCAAACUACUUCCACAAGCUGGAACUGAACGCACAUGCGCCAAAGGAACCGGGAUGGUUUGGCCUCGCAAGUCCGUUUCCUGAUGGGCACCUAAAGAACUUUUGUCGAGAGAGCUUCAUUGCGACGAUUGAAGUGCAGGUGUACGAGCGCUGCGGAUGGAUGCCUUGGAGCGGGUGGAAACAGGUCAAGACUGAGAAGUUCGAGGGUGCGAGUUUGGAGUUUGCAGGGGGUUACUAUCCAGAGCGUGGGGAAAAGAAAGAGUGAGAACCCGAGCUUGGUUCUGGCGUGAAGCGAACGUCUUGGAAAUGCACACUGGUUAUGUUCUAGAUAUGAAACGAUAUCUCAAGAGAGCAGACCAACUCGAAAUCUGUGAUUGCGUCUCCGUGGAUAACAUGACUUGUUUUGGUCCUGUC